AUGGCUCCACCGCGAAGAAAGAAGAAUAACAGCAGCAUGCCUUCCCAAGAGGAAGAAGAACACGUUGAUUCUAUUUCCAGGCAUGAAGAGCAACAAGAUCAGGAAGAAAGGCAAGAGGAGGAGGAGGAGGUCACUCCUGCAGACUUGGCACACAUUCUCAGCGCUUUCGGUAGGACUCAAAAGGAGAUGGUUGACACCAUGAAACAGUUGGUCAACUCAAUCUCAGCAACAAAGCAGCUUGAGCAACCAAAUGAUGGAGAGCAACCACAGAAGGUUUCCCAUGAGGACUCUGCCGUGAAAGCAUCAGACAACCAGAAGGCACCUUCUUUCGUUACCCAAGAUGAUGUUGUUGCCAUUUUGGAAAAAGAGCUGCGUCGUGGCUCUGAAGACUGGAAGUAUGCUCCUCAACCCCCUUAUCCUUCAAGCAUAAUGCAUUUAUCCUACCCCAAGAACUAUGAGACACCCACUUUUACUCUUUUCGAUGGAAGAAAAGGCAGCCCAAAAGAGCAUAUUAGUCGAUUUAUCGACGCUCUUGGUCCUCAUGCUAGCAAUCAUAAUCUUAGGAUGAGGGAGUUUUCCAAAACCCUCACUGAUCGUGCAUAUACUUGGUACACCACCCUAGCUCCUGGUUCCAUUAGAAACUGGGAUGAAAUGGCAGGCAAGUUCUGUAGAAAGUAUUUCCAAUAUGAGGAAAGGGUGACCAUUGCGCAGCUGAACAACACUCGUCAAAGGACCGGAGAAAACCUGGUGGAUUUUGUUCGUCACUUUCGUGAUUUAGCUUUGGAUUGCUAUGAAGAAAAGGAUGAGGAAUCAUUGGUGGAAAUCUGCAUCAUCAAUAUCCUGCCUGAAUACAGGGUCUAUUUGGAAAAUAUCGGCAUUACUCAAUUUUCCAGGUUGAUUGAAGCAGUAAGAAAAACGAGCAUGUCUGUUAAGACCACCACAAGUCAGAGGAGUUGGAGAGAUAAGAAAGACACGACCCAGAGGGAUGCACACCAAGCUUUAAUGGUAGAUGAAAGAUACUUGAAGAGGAAGGAACGAUCCGGAACAGUCCCGGCAGUCCCUUGUACUGAUGAGGAACUUCAUGCUAUUCUUGAUACAUUGUUUGCUGAUGGAGUGAUCAAGCCCGUGCAGCGAGAAAAGCCCCCCACCAGGGAAGAUAAGAAGAAUCCACGCUACUGCCGUUAUCACCAAAUAGUGGGACAUCCUACCCCCGCCUGUCAAACCUUGUGA